AAUGGGAGGUGCCUUAAUAUUAGAAAGUUUAGUUCUUCUACAUUGGUGCGAAAAAAAUGGCUGGGGACCUUUAGGACUUACGGGAAUAUCAAUGGGCGGUCAUAUGGCUUCUUUAGCGGCAACCAAUUGGCAUAAACCAUUAUCACUAAUCCCUUGCCUAUCAUGGUCUACGGCAUCUUCUGUUUUUACUCAGGGAGUUAUGCAAGGUGCCAUAGAUUGGAAAUUACUUAAACACCAAUACGAUUCAGAUAAUGUUUAUGCUCAAGAGAUAACAUCCAAGUUGGAAUUUCAAAAGAUGCAAAAUGAAAAUAGUGAAAAAUCUGAAGCUUUCAAUUUUGGACGUCACUUUGCAAAAACUUUCCCAUCGAUAAUCGAAAAUUCUGCCAGUCCUGUAGCGAAAAACAAUCAAAGCUCCGAUUUAAAACAUUCACAAUCGGUUGCACGUGAUUUUAUGAUAGGAGUUAUGGAUGAGUGUACCCAUUUAGCGAAUUUUAGCAUUCCGAUUGAUCCAGAAUUGAUUAUUAUUGUAGCCGCCACGGACGACGCUUACGUACCCAGGAGGUCGGUAUUGGGUUUAGAUGAACUUUGGCCAGGAGUUGAAGUCCGAUACGUGAACUCCGGACAUAUUGGUGCAUUUCUGUUUAAGCAGUCUGUAUUUCGGCAGGCCAUUGUUGAUUCCUUUCAGAAGCAAGUUAUUAAAUACUAUGAAAAGAGUAGAGAGGAACAAAAUUAA